AUGGCUCCCCACGCAAACGGAACUACCCCUCAGUCCAAUGGCGGGGUCGACUCGAGAUACCACGCCUCGUCGACCGACGCCGCGAUCAAGUCCGAAAACGAGCACGCUGCCCACAACUACCACCCGCUCCCCGUCGUCUUCGCCCGCGCAAGCGGCGUCCACGUCUGGGACCCCGAGGGCAAGGAGUAUCUCGACUUCCUCUCCGCCUACAGCGCCGUCAACCAGGGCCAUUGCCACCCCGAGCUGGUCAAGGCAUUGACCGAGCAGGCUGGCAGGUUGACCCUCAGUUCAAGAGCUUUCUACAACGAUGUCUUCCCCAAGUGGGCCGAGAAGAUCCAGCAGGUCUUCGGCUAUGAUAUGGUCCUGCCCAUGAACACGGGCGCCGAGGCUGUCGAGACGGCCAUCAAGAUUGCCCGCAAGUGGGCGUACAAGGUCAAGGGUGUCGAACAGGGCAAGGCUCUGGUCUUCUCAGUGAACGACAACUUCCACGGUCGCACGAUGACGGCCAUUUCCCUGUCUGUUGACCCCGAGUCGAGAGACAACUACGGUCCCUAUGUUCCCAACAUUGGCGCCCUCAACCCUUCCACGGGCCAGCCCAUUCGCUACAACAACGUUGAGGAUAUCGAAGCGGUGUUUGAGGCGCACGGCAAGGACACUGCCGCCAUCAUCAUCGAGCCGAUCCAGGGCGAGGCCGGCGUUGUGGUGCCGGACGACGACUACCUGAAGAGAGUGCAGGACCUCUGCAAGAAGCACAACGUGCUCUUCAUCUGCGACGAGAUCCAGACCGGUAUCGGUCGCACGGGACGGAUGCUGUGCUCCCAGUGGGCCGGCAUCAAGCCCGACAUGGUGACGCUUGGCAAGGCCAUCUCCGGCGGCCUGUACCCCGUGAGCUGCGUGCUGUCAAGCAAGGAGAUUAUGCUUGUGGUCGAGCCCGGUACGCACGGCUCCACCUACGGCGGCAACCCGCUUGGGUGCGCCGUGUCGAUCCGCGCGUUGGAGAUCAUGGAGGAGGAGGAUCUCACGGCCAAGGCAGAGAAGCUGGGUAACAUCUUUCGUGAGGGCAUUAGGGCCUUCAACUCGCCCAUCAUUGAGUUGGUACGCGGCAAGGGUCUCUUGAACGCCGUCGUCAUCAACGAGUCCGCCGCCGCAGGCAGGACAGCUUGGGACCUCUGCCUAUUGCUCAAGGAGAAGGGUCUUUUGGCCAAGCCCACACACGGCAACAUCAUUCGCUUUGCGCCUCCUCUGGUCAUCUCUGAGACAGAGCUCCGCAAGGCCCUUAACAUCAUCGGUGAGGCGCUCAAGGAGCUGCCGACCGUCGAGAAGGCGGCGCACCACUAA